AUGGAAAAUCGGGUUACGCGAAAUUUAAUUUUUGGGCACAUUGUAGACGCGGAAGGGAUACAAAAACAACCGGAAAAAUUGGUCUGCAUCGACAAUUUUCCGGUCCCGCGUAAAGUAAAGGAUGUACAGAAAUUUUUGGGAGUGUGCAACUGGUACAAUCAGUUCGUAGAUAACUACGUGGACACCAUAGCACCCCUAACAAAUUUAUUAAAGCAGGGAAUUAGGUGGAGAUGGACAGAUGUCGAACAACGCGCGUUCAAAUCAAUAAAAAACGCGCUAGUCACACCACCGAAUUGUUCUCACCCGAUACAGCAAAUCGUUUUGUCUACAAACCGAUGCAAUACAGUACACGUCCCGGGAAUACAUAAUGAAGCACCAGAUUUGUUAUCCUGCGACUCGGUACCUGGCUCAUUCGUAGACGAGGAGCGACUCGAAGAAAAAUUGGUCGGAGCAUCUACAUCUCCGACGACCAAUGUUGACCCCGAGGCCGAUCGCAUCUUCUCUAUGUUCGAAAACUAA